ACCAUGCAACUGUUUGUCCAGGUGCAGGCUCUGCACAUCCUCAAGGUGACUGGGCAGGAGACUGUUGCCCAGAUCAAGGCCCAUGUGGCAUCCCUAGAGGGCAUUGCCCCGGGUCAGUUCCUACUUCUAGGUGGCUCCUCGCUGGAGGAUGAAGCUAUCUUGGGGCAGUGUGGGUUGGAGAUGCUGUCCAUUCUAGAAGUGGCAGGCCUAAUGCUAGGAGGUAAAGUCUAUGGCUCUCUGGCCAGAGCUGGAAAAGUGAGGGGUCAGACUCACAAGGUGGCCAAACAGGAGAAGAAAAAGAAGAAGAAGACUGGGUGGAUCAAGAGGAGGAUGCUGUAUAACAGAUGCUUUAUCAAGGUAGUGCCCACCUUUGACAAGAAGAAGGGCCCCACUGCCAACUCCUAA